UUUUUUUUUUUCAUUUGCAGCAUUCACAAUGUCGCUCUAUCCGUCGCUGGAAGAUAUGAUGGUGGACAAGAUGGUCCAAUCACAAAACACGGCUAUUGCAACAGCCGUGGCACAACAACAGCAACAGUAUCAGCCUUAUCCACCGUCAGCACCUGCUACGAAGGAUGCUUACGGUGGUUUGUAUCCUAGCUUCACGAACGAAAACACAUCCGGAAUUGCGGAUGCGAACCGUUCCACACCCGCAGCUGGUGCCGCUGGACUAAUGUAUCCCGACCUUUACGAGUAUAUGGGUCUGGAGCUGUCGAAGGAAAUGAUUCAAGCGAACCUCCCACAGUACGUGCCACAGCCAAACGUUGCUUCAACCGCGAUCAUGCAGCAACAGUCCGCCGUUGCGAUCGUUAACAAUGCUAACAUGGUCGCACCCGUCACCGGUCACUUUACCGGGCUGCAGCGUGGUCAGGUGACUAAUGGAAUACGUGAGCUUAUAAUGUGUAAGGGCGCGGACAAGAAAGUUGGCCUUCGGGUGCAGGCGAUCAAUAAGGGCAUUUUUGUGUGCGUGGUCGUCAAGAAUAGUCCAGCCGCAUUGGCCGGUUUGCGUUUCGGUGAUCAGAUACUGCAGAUCAAUGGUACGCUGGUGGCUGGCUUUUCUGUGGACGAUGUGCACAAGCUGCUGAAGAAGAGCGAUAAGAAUAACAUUUCGGUUGUGGUGCGCGAUCGACCCUUCGAGCGAGCCAUCACACUGCACAAGGACUCAUCCGGUAGCUUCGGUUUCCAGUUCAACAACGGUACGAUCACGGCCAUCGUGAAGGACUCUUCAGCAGCUCGCAACGGACUGCUGAUCGAUCAGCAACUGCUAGAAGUGAACGGUCAGAACGUGAUCGCCCUGAAGGACAAAGAGAUCGGCCAGCUGAUCAGUGCGUCCGAGCAAGUUAUUACGCUCACGAUCGUACCGAAGAUGAUCUACGACGUGAUGAUGAAGAAAUUGUCCACCUCAUGGUUGCGGGGCAAGAUGGACCAUUCGGUGCCGGAUUUUUAAAAAUCUC